AUGGAACUUAAAGUUUGGGUGGAUGGAGUGCAGAGGAUUGUUUGCGGGGUCACCGAAGUCACAACUUGCCAGGAGGUUGUCAUUGCCUUAGCUCAAGCGAUAGGUCGCACUGGAAGGUACACUCUCAUAGAAAAAUGGAGAGACACCGAGAGACAUUUGGCACCUCAUGAAAAUCCCAUCAUAUCCUUAAACAAGUGGGGGCAGUAUGCCAGCGACGUGCAGCUUAUUUUACGGCGGACGGGGCCAUCCCUCAGCGAGCGGCCCACUUCCGACAGCGUGGCUCGGAUUCCCGAGAGAACUUUGUACAGGCAGAGCUUGCCCCCCUUGGCCAAACUGAGGCCUCAGGUGGACAAAUCUAUCAAACGGAGAGAACCUAAGAGGAAAUCGUUAACAUUUACAGGCGGUGCCAAAGGGUUGAUGGACAUUUUUGGAAAAGGUAAAGAAACAGAAUUUAAGCAAAAAGUGCUGAAUAACUGCCGAACGACGGCAGACGAGCUAAAGAAGCUGAUCCGCCUGCAGACAGAGAAGCUUCAGUCCAUCGAGAAGGAGCUGAAAUCAAAUGAAAUAGAAAUACAGUUUUGGGAGCAAAAAUAUAAUUCUAGCCUUGAAGAGGAAAUCGUUCGCCUGGAGCAGAAGAUCAAAAGAAAUGAUGUAGAAAUCGAAGAGGAAGAAUUUUGGGAAAAUGAGUUGCAGAUUGAACAGGAAAAUGAAAAGCAGCUGAAGGAUCAACUUCAGGAAAUAAGACAGAAAAUAACAGAAUGCGAGAGCAAAUUAAAGGACUAUUUGGCCCAGAUCCAGACUAUGGAAAACGGUCUGGAGGCAGAAAAAUUGCAACGGGAAGUCCAGGAGGCACAGGUCAAUGAAGAAGAGGUUAAGGGAAAGAUCGGUAAGGUCAAAGGGGAAAUUGACAUUCAAGGACAGCAGAGUUUGAGGCUGGAGAAUGGUAUCAAAGCUGUGGAAAGAUCUCUCGGACAAGCCACCAAACGCUUGCAGGACAAAGAACAGGAGCUGGAGCAGCUGACGAAAGAGCUGCGGCAAGUCAACCUCCAGCAGUUUAUCCAGCAGACGGGGACGAAGGUGACCGUGUUGCCAGCGGAGCCCAUUGAAGUAGAGGCCUCCCACGUAGACAUAGAAAGGGAGACGGCAUUCCAGUCCGGCUCCCUGAAGCGGCCUGGUUCAUCCCGGCAACUCCCCACUAACCUUCGGAUUCUGCAGAAUCCUAUCUCGUCUGGUUUCAAUCCCGAAGGCAUAUAUGUAUAA